UUCGUUCUUUCGUUUCGUGUCGUGAUCAAAACAAAACAAAAGUUCCGUUCUGAGAGCAGCAUGGCCGUGUUUGGUCCGAAUAAGCGUCGGAAAAUCCCCGUUCCGAAGCGGCAUGGUGUCCGCGAUCCGUUGAAGAAACUUGCCGAGAGGGAAGCUGCCAUCAAAGACAAAAUCAAUAACCCUCCAAGAGAGCGGGAUGUACAGGAAGUUUCCAAUCGCUUCAAAAAGUUUGUCCAACUCAAAGAACAAACCAAAAAUCACACCGCAAACAAGCAUCCCUCCCAUGGCCAACAUCAGCAACCAAAGGCGCGCCGGGAACCGAAGCGAAGUCAACUGCAGGUCGGAGACAGUGUUGUCCGACAGCUCCCGAAGGAACCGGAAGAAGCAUUUCUGGCUCGUGCCAGCAAACUGCAGCAAGACCGGGUAACGGAGGCCAAGUUCUCUUCCAAGUUCAACGUCGACAUCGAACGGGAUGAGUCGACCGGAGCCGUUCGAUUGAAGAAACGGAAAACCCACGAGAUUGAUGAACUGCUCAAAAAGAAAGCUGAAGAAGCAAAAGGUUUCAAGAAGAAGAAGAAGGUCAAGGAGGAAAAUAAAAAGUUAACGUUAGCAGAGAAAAAGGCUUUAAAGAAACAGAAAAUAAGGCGAAAAAAACGAAGUGAGGAGGACAAACUGUUGGAAGAGUACCAACUGGAUAACAUUGCAUUCGGGGAGGUAGUCGAUGGACCUCCAACCUUGAACACAAAACCAAGACAUGCAGACAAACUAGAGGGAGAGCCAAGGCCUGGCAAGAAACGACUAUUGCUCCACUCGCUGCUGGAUCCAUCAAAGGAUGAAGAUGAUGCUCAGGAUGCUGAGCCACAGAGAAAGAAAUCCAAGAAAAACGUACCAUCACAGGCACAAAAGAUCGACCUGAAGGGAAAGCGUAAAAAUUUGCCAGUUUGCACCAGAAUGAAACUGGAACGAGAACAACAAAGUGUAAUCGAAAUGUAUCGGAAAAUGAAAAAGUCCAAAAACCAGGGUACUUGAGAUGAGCAUACAUAUAAUAGUUGACAAUACAUAUACAUAUUAAAUUUA